AUGGUGAACCAGAGGAUGGUGAACCAGAGGAAGAAGAUGAUGAAUCUGAAUAUGGUUAAUUCGGCAUUGGUUAAUGCUCUAAUCGAGAGAUGGCGCCUUGAGACUCACACAUUCCAUUUUCCGGUUGGUGAGUGUGCUGUGACGUUGGAGGAUGUGGCGUUAAUUCUUGGUCUUCCGACGAAUGGUUUGCUAGUUACAAGACCGACACUGAGCAGUUAUGAGGCGUUAGACGCUGAAUGCUUGGAUCAGUUUGGUGUUGCACCUAGGAAGGCAGACUGCAGGAAAAGUUUCAUCAAGUUAACGUGGUUUCGAGCAUUGAAAGAUCAAUUAGUGUUGGUUGAUGAUAUCCAGAUUCAGAGGUACGUGAAGUGCCACAUAAUGUUAUUGUUUGGGACCGUUGUGUUUGGAGUAAAUGAGUCUGGAUCAGGGGUGCACUGGAAGUUUCUACCAUUACUCCAUAACUUUGGUGGGAUCAUACAGUUCAAUUGGGGAUCGGCUUGCCUAGCACACUUGUAUAGAGCAUUGUGUAGGGCAACUCGUGUCGACUGUAAGGAGAUUGAUGGUCCGCUGACACUCUUGCUUACCUGGGCUUGGAUCCGUCUACCAUUCAUUGUGCUGAUUCCUAGCAAUCCUCGAAUCUUUCCGAUUGCAAAUAGAUUUCAUACCCUUGUUCACUUUAGGAGAGAUCUGGAUGUUCUGCAAGAAGGACAGUUUGUUUGGGAGCCUUAUGCAAUUGGUCGGACCGAUCCAGACGUGAUUCCUCCUGACAUCAGUCAGCAUUCGGCUAUUUAG